AUUCACGUGCUUAUCAGAGCGAGCGUUUACUUCACAUCAGUAGUGUCGUGCUAUGCAUCUACCAUUCGUGUGACUUACUGCGUGCCUUGCGCACUUACUAUCUGGAUAGCUAAGAGUGAGAUACUGUGUGCCUUGCCAUCGGGUAUCGAAUCAGAACGAUGCUUCCCAGUCAGAGAGACCAGUACCAGCAGACUGUAUUCGGAUCGCAGGUUGUAAAACAGGAGAGCGUCACCCCGUACACCGAUGCGACGAAAUGCAAGAAGUCUUCCAACCACAUCAAGCGUCCGAUGAACGCGUUCAUGGUGUGGAGUCAGAUCGAGCGGAGAAAGAUCGUCGAGGUGCAGCCGGACAUGCACAACGCCGAGAUCAGUAAGCAACUCGGUAAGCGCUGGAAGUCCCUGAUCGAUUCGGAGAAGAGUCCGUUUGUAGAGGAGGCCGAACGGCUGCGCGUGCUUCACCAGCAGGAGUACCCCGACUACAAAUACAGACCGCGCAAGAAGGCCAAGGGAACGCCAGCCAGCCAGGGCGCCGCCAAACAUUCCGACGGCAAAGUUUGCAAGCCGAACAAAUCAAAAAGUGAUAAGAAGCAGCGUAAGUCCGCGGCGUCCGAGUAUAACUCCGGUUUCCUGCACGGCGUCUCCAGUCCUACCUCCAGCAUAAACACGAACAAACUCAAGUUGAAGCUCACCAUCGACAAGAAGUUCAAGGAGAGCAUCAAGGCGUCGCGCGUCAUUCCGUUCUGCACGACGCAGCUGACGCCACCGGCGAAGGUUCCGUGCAGUCCCGGCCAGCACUCCCCGGCGACGCCGGACAGCACGUCCUUCUACGACGACAUGUUCGACAGCCCGCGCAGCGCGACGCACUCGGACGGCGGCUCCGUGGACACCUACUCCGUCUCCAGCCGGUCGUCGGGCUACUGCAGCUCGGACGUGGGCUCGAACGACGGCACGGGCGAUCUCACGGACAUGUUGAACCUUCCGUCAAACUGGCAGGCCGAGUUUGCCAACAUCGCGCUCACCGACUCCGAGUUCGAGCGCAUCAAGGAGUCGCACUUCGAAUUCCCGGACUACGAUUACGCCGACGUGAACGACUUGGACUGGUUGGACCAGCUCGGCGAGGGCAACCUCACGUCACUGCUGUCCGCGUAAGAGCUUGCGUCGCGCAGGGGGCGCCGUCGUAGGACGGAUCUCGGACGGCGCGUGUCCGAAUCGAAUCCGUCGUUUCUCCCAGGAGGAGGAAGGUAACGAGGGAGUAGGUAGUCCAUCGAUCUCGGGGUGAGUAAGAUACCUAGAGCUGUCGGCCGGGGCUCACGACCGCUCGCCGCCGCCAGCGAAAGUCGCAGCGCGGCACGAGAUUUUCGAAACGAGAGGGAAAGUGGCGGCGUAGUGACCUCGAAACGUGCAGCGCUUAGUUGCAUGGCACGUCUGCCCCCACGCCGUAUGACUGUACGUGUAGAGUGGGCGGCGGAGGAGAGCCCACCAGUGUGUCAUCCCAUUCACUAACGAUCAGCGCUGCUAAGAUGAGACGAUCGGGAUGCGUGGGGCGAUAGAUCGACGAACAAACCGAGGAAUGACUCGAGACGAGGAGCGUAGAGUUAUUUCUAUGUACAUAUUGUGGCCUAAACUUCUCAUACGAUGUGUAAUAUUUAUUUAUUUGGUCGAGACGAGAUGGGUUUAGGAGGCGUGGUGCGGUCGCGAGACGACAUGGCGGGCCUGGGUUGUGAAAAAUGCAGUUUAUAUAGUGCACGUCUCGACCCAGAUCUUUUGUGUAUGGUUUUUCAUUUGUACACGUGUACAAGUAUGUACACUUGGUAGCGCGAGCGAGCUCUCGUUUUCUAUGUUUGGAACUUUCUAAAAACGAAAAAAAAAACUUAGGGAAAUAGUAAUGAAGAAGAAGAGUGAAUCCAUUUGGUAAUAUUGUGUAUUUAGAUUUGGACCUUCGCACUGUUUUCGAGGUUGUACUACCCCUUCUUCUCUUUCCCAGAGAUCUAGAACUUGUAUCAAAUCCCAUUUCUGAUGCGUUCUACCAGGAUCAACCAGUAUUUUCUCGACGCGGCUGUACUCAGCUGCCAGUCGACGUGUACAUACUUGUGAGACUGGCCUUCAGCACUUGAGACUGUAGCACGGGCACGCGUGUACAUGUGCGAUGUGUGUGCGCACACAUAUGUGUAUAUGUACGUGUACACGUACAUACAUGUAUAUGUGGGCACACAUACGUGUAUAUGU